GUUCACCGGUGGAAAGGUCGGCCGGAAUUAGCCUAAGAAAGUUAUGUAGUUAAGUUGUGAUUCUGGUUCUGACCUGUUCAUUUGAUGAAACGUCGACAACAAUAAGAUGUUUAUUGAAAUGGUAUGAUUGGCAACUACUGUGACAUAUUGAGAUAUGGAUUCAAUGGACCAUGUCCAGCAGUAUUGGAUAUGGAUUAGAUGGACCGUGUCCAGCAGUGACGUCAUUCCUUGAGGUUUAUAAUAUAAGUGAUAGAUUAUAAUGAAAUGAUUUAUUUUUUGUCACAACUUUUCUAAUGGUUAGCAGAAAGAAAGCAUUCAAAUAGUGCUUUGAAAUGAAAACUUUUGGCUGAGAAAAUAGUUGACGCUAGUUUAAAUUUAGUUUGAGUGAUCUCAAUAGGAUCCGUCCAUAGUGUAUAGAGAGCAGCAACCUUCGACGAUGUCCAAGUCAGAGGUUCAGCAGACACCACAGAUUAUCCAGUUGGAUAUGAUGGACAAAACUAAGUAUUACCCAUUGGCUCUGGGGAGCGGACUUUUGGUCCGAUUCAUCCAGUACCCUCUGACUUUAGUCAGAACAAGGUUACAGGUGCAGCGCGGAAAAGAUGUGUACAAAGGCACCUUUGAUGCACUGGUUAAAAUCCGUGCUGCAGAAGGAAUUAGGGGUCUGUAUCAGGGAUUUGGUGUUCAUGCUAUACAAGCUUGUAAUUCUCUUAUCUACAUCACUGUGUAUGAGAACAUGAGGCAGAUCAUGAUAAACAAAGAAGAACUACAGACAUUUAAAUACAAAAGUUACUUGAGUAGUUUUGUUGGAGGUUUUUCUGCUAGUUUGAUUUCUCAGACGAUUGCUGUUCCUAUUGAUAUUGUGUCCCAACACAUGAUGUUACUGGGCCAGAGUAAGCAGAGAACCGAUGAAGUACCGGCCAAAGUUAAAGUGAAACUGGAGCGUUUACAGGGAAUCCAUAUACCAGACAAGAAAAAAAUGAAGAAGAUUGAUGUAGUGAAAGCCAUCAUCUCACAGGUUUACAAGAAAGAGGGCUUCAGUGGAUUCUACCGCGGAUACUUUAUCUCUAUGGCUGUAUAUGGCCUUGGCAGUGCCCUCUGGUGGCCUUUUCAUGAACUUUAUGGUUAUAUGGUCGUGCCGGCAUUUCCACAAUGGGUACCUCGGAUCCUGUUAGACGGAUUUUCUGCAUUUCUGUCUGGUUUGACAACUGUAACAAUAACCAACUCCAUGGAACUGGUCCGCGUCCGAAUGCAGGUGGGGCGCACUGGGUUUAAAGAAACACUGAGAAGAACUUGGAGAGAGGAACGACUAGGGAUCUUCACCAAGGGACUCACAGCACGUAUGAUCCAUGUGGCUCCCUUCAGCUUUCUCAUCAUGACGUCUUAUUCCACCAUUAAACAUCUAAGUCUCAAGGACGAUUACAAGAAACAUGUACAGUGGUGAUGAUAAAAAAUUAUUAGUGAUAAUCUCCCUUGGCAUUAGAAAUGAUGGUCACGCACAUGAAGUUAUCUCCCCUGGAGAAACAAGUGAACUUGUGGUGUAGACUGGAUUGCUUAUUGAAGUUUUUCUAAUCCCCACUAGGUUUCACUUAUAAUACAAUUAAAGCUCAGGGUUAUCGAUCAUUUUGAUUAGCUAAUAUCUAUAAAGACCAGGGGUAAUCCAUUCCGAAAUCGUAGGUCUGGGAAUUUUUACAAAAAAAAUGCAAAUUUCUAGUUCUUAUAAUCAGUGCUGUCUGGCCAGCAUGGAAUUACCAAUAAUAAGAAAUUUUUAACUUGUGUCAACAGAAAACAAUUCUAGAUACUGUUGGUUUGUAUCGACUCUUUUAAUCAAACGUGGUUGUUUCAAGCAGAUGCUCAAGGUUUGUAUUUUCUGACCAAUUACAUAUUCUGCACUACUGUGGUUUUCUUAUCCCGAGUCUAAAGUGUUAUGGAUACUUUUCAAAAUGGCAGAAAACAGUAAAAGACCAUAAUGAAUUAUAUUUGUAGAUAGCAUACACCAGAUUGCAGAAUGAAAUAAGGAUACUGAAUCACCUCAUUGGACUUUGCACGGUGGAAUGUAAUUUCCGUUAAUAUGAAUGGUUAAUUUUGGGGUAGAUAGACCAAAUUCUCUACUUAGACUACAAUACUCAAUCUUGUUUGGACAAAUAAAAUGUUCUGGGCCUUCAGGGAGAGUAACAUCUUAACAUCAGUGUUGUAUGUCAUAACUUGGUGGAAUCCUGAAAAGUCCUCCAAUGUCAUCACUUCAAUCAGAAAAAAAAAAUUCAAAAUUAAUUUUUGGAAAUAAUGUUUUCAAGAUGAUGUUUAUGUAUGAAGUGGGUACUUAUAAUUUAAGUGAGAACCCCAAAAAGCAUAAGUCUCAAAUAUCACUGUCAUUGUUUGAAGGUUAAUGGUUAGAUGUUUGAUCACUGCAUAUGUUGGAAACACAAAUAUACAGAUGUAAAAUGUAUCUAGAAUUAAGGAUAGACAUUCUGGGUCUAAAAUUUUACUGUAUACAUUGUAUAUGAAAUUUAUGCUCAGAAAUUAAUGGAUUAUACAGAUUUUACUGUACUGUGAUUAUCUAUGUAUUUUAUAUGUUGAAGAAAUAGUUUUAUACAUGAGAAAGAGAAUGUGUAACAGUGAACUUGAGAAACAGAUUUUAUAGUAUUGUAAAAUAAUGUUUAAUUUAAUAAAAGUUUGAGGGAAACAA